GUGCUGUGUGCUGACGGCGGCGGCGUCCUUGCUGUCGGUCUCGGACCGUGUGACGAUCGGGGGUCACCAGGUAGAACCCGGCGGCGGGGAGGAAACAGCGGCCCCGGCUCUUAGUGACCAUGGGCACUGUCCACGCUCGGAGCUUGGAGCCUCUUCCAGUGAGUGGACCGAAUUUAUCACCUUCAGUGGAUGAACUGGAAACAGUUGAAGUGGAACCUGAAACCAAACAAGAGGUUCUAGAAAAUAAAAGGGUGGUAGUUCAGCACGUGCACAUUGAUGGAAUUAGCAGAACUAAAGAUGAUCUCCUAAUAUAUGAAAUUGCUGAUGUAUUCAAAGCUAAAAACCUCAUUGAGGUGAUGAAGAAGUCCCAUGAAGCUCGUGAACGCUUACUUCGCCUGGGAAUUUUCAGAAAUGUAGAAGUCCUUAUUGAUACUGCCCAGGGUGAGGAGGCAUUGGCUGAAGGAUUGGACGUGAUUUUUGAAGUAAAGGAAAUGAGACGAUUGACUGGGAGCUACAACACUAUGGUUGGCAAUAAUGAAGGAAGUAUGGUUUUGGGUCUAAAGCUGCCCAAUCUAUUCGGUCGAGCAGAAAAAAUAACUUUCCAAUUCUCCUAUGGAACAAAAGAGACCUCUUAUGGCCUCUCAUACUUUAAACCACAGCCCGGUAACUUUGACAAAAAUUUUUCUGUCAAUUUGUAUAAGGUAACUGGACAGUUUCCUUGGAGCUCUCUUCGUGAAACUGAUAGAGGCGUUUCAACUGAAUACAAUUUUCCAAUCUGGAAAACACAUCAUGCACUGAAAUGGGAGGGAGUUUGGAGGGAGUUGAGCUCAUUGUCUCGCACAGCAUCUUUUUCUGUUCGGGAAGAAAGCGGACAUUCUCUCAAAUCUUCGAUUUCGCAUACCAUGACUGUUGACACGCGAAAUUCAGCGAUCCUCCCCAAACGUGGAGCUUUGCUGAAAAUCAACCAGGAGCUGGCGGGUUACACCGGAGGUGACGUGAACUUUUUGAAGGAGGAUGUUGAGCUGCAGCUCAAUACCAGCCUCUUAUGGGAUAGUGUUCUCUCAGCUUCCUUGUGGGGUGGUCUUCUCGUACCCAUGGGAGAUAAGCCAUCCUCUAUUGCUGAUAGAUUUUACCUUGGAGGGCCAACAACUGUGCGUGGCUUCAGCAUGUACAGUAUUGGACCACAGAGUGAAGGAGAUUACCUUGGUGGUGAAGCAUAUUGGGCUGGAGGACUGCACUUUUACACACCUCUGCCUUUCCGUCCAGGCCAGGGAGGAUUUGGAGAUCUUUUCAGAACACACUUCUUCUUGAAUGCUGGCAACCUUUGUAACCUCAACUAUGGCGAAGGUCCCAAUGCACACCUGCAGAAGCUGGCAGAAUGUAUCCGAUGGUCCUACGGGGCAGGGCUUGUCCUGAGACUGGGAAACAUUGCCAGACUGGAACUCAACUAUUGUAUUCCCAUGGGUGUACAGAGUGGGGAUAGGAUAUGUGAUGGUGUCCAGUUUGGAGCAGGAAUAAGGUUUCUAUGAUACCUUUUUUUGAAAAGAAGCAAUCUACAUGUAUUUCAUUAUUGAAAACUGAACCAGUACUUUAUCAAAAACAUAAUAAAGUUGUCUGUAAUUUGA